AACGAGACAUCACCGCGGCAAUUUUCUUGCCCAUGUUCGUUUUUGGUUUUUGAGACACAACAAUGGCAGAUCCGACACUCAAUCUCCCACGCAUCUUGUGUCUCCACGGAGGAGGUGUGAACGCGGCGAUAUUCAAGGCCCAAUUCAGAGCGUUUCUGAACCACGACAGGCUCAAAACCAGGUUCCGGUUCGUGUUUGUCGACGCGCCCUUUUUCUGCGACGAGGGCGUGGGCGUCCACCCCGUCUAUUCCGACUGGGGUCCCUUUCGACGUUGGUUCCGAUGGCUCGAUUCUCACCCGGAGAUCGACCCGGGCGCGUGCGCCUACGAACUCGAGUACACCGUGGAGCGGUGUAUGGAGAGCGACGAAGGCACCGGGGAGUGGGUGGGUGUCCUGGGGUUCAGCCAAGGGGCGAAACUGGCGGCGAGCUUGCUCUACGAACAGCAACUCGAGGGUAAGGACGGGCCCUGGAGGUUCGCCGUCAUCCUCGCCGGUCGCGCCCCGAUGGUCAGCCUGAGUGACGAGGCCGAACGGUUCCCCUGGAUGCAGUCGGCCGGGGGACUCGCGGACGCGGCCGACCUCGACAGCAUCCACGAACGGCCGGACAUGAAACUCAAGGUCCCCACGCUGCACGUCCACGGCUUGAAGGACGAAGGCCUGCACCUCCACAGGCGGCUCGUGGAGGAUUACUGUGCGCCUGGCACGGCGACGCUCGUCGAGUGGGACGGGCCUCAUCGCAUCCCCAUCAAGAAAACCGACGUGGACAGGAUCGUCGACGCUUGGGUCGACCUGGCGGACGAGUAUGGGCUUUGA